AUGAUUCCUGAACAUAUAAUCUAAAAACUCAAAACAAAACAAGGGCAUUAUUCAAUUGAUGUUAAGGAAUCCUUCAUAGAUAAGCAACGUCGUUUAAGUGAAAUUGAAAGACAGACCACUCUUCAAAAAAAGCACAAAGAAAUGCAACUGUUCAGAUAAACAUUUUCUUCAUCAAGCUCCACGUUAUCCAAGCCAGGCAAAAGAAUUAUGAUAAGAACUAAAGGAUCUAGCAACCAAGCCAUUCCACUAGAAUAAUAUUAAUAAUCCAUUCCUACUCCCAUCCCCACACCAACGUCUAACAUUGCUCGAAAACACCACUAAUCGUAAUCAUAAUAAUUGCCCCGAUUAGAAUCUGAAAGCAAUUAGACUCUAAGAAAACAGCCAGAACAUCAUAUGAAUACUUAGCAUGAUAUGCUUAAUCAACUUGAACCCCAAGAUUAAAAUAUGUUAACAGAAUAAAUAGAUCCUAUGCAGAUGCAACUAUCUGAAGAAAAUAAUAAUGAUCACAUUCAAUGUAUGGUUGAGCAACACUUAUCUGAUUAUCAAGCAUUUGUCAUGCAUUUGGCAGGGAAAUGCAUUUGCGUUUAAUGCCCUUGUGGAAAAUGCAAAUGCAAAUUUGAGUAUUAGCCAAUUAAACCAAAUAUCUCAUGGAAAUCUCAUUAUAAUCAAGAGUUCAAGCAAGCACCUAUCAAGGAUUAAGAACUAAAAAUGAAUCUGGAUUCCAUUGGCCGUUAUCAAUCUUUGGAUUUGAAUGAAUUUAAAACAACAAUGGCAUCAGAUUAUAAAUAAUUUGAUGCCUUCCCAAACACCAUUAAAGAAAAGUAAAAAUACUAAGCUACAUAUGGAUCUACUCCAAUGACUUCGUAUAAUAAAUUCUAUAUGGAUUACGGAGACUUACAUCAUGAACAAUUUAAAUAGAGUCAUUAUAAAACUGUGAUCCCAGAAUUAAAAUUUAAUUCGUCAACUACGUAUGGUAGCGAAUUCAGAUCACCCAAAUAAGCUGACACCACUAGUCAAAAACCCCCAAAUGGAAGACCAUUUCCAACGAUAGAUCUAUUUUUAGGAUAAUCAUAAAAUAAAUUAGCACAUGAUUUAAAAAUGACGGAGAAAUGUUACUAAGUGAAGAACUUUUAAGAACCGAUCUAAACAAUACCUGCUUUUGAGAAACAAUUUGUGAGCACAACUAAAAAAGAUUUCGUGAUGAAAGAAGUACCAUGUAUUAGGAAUCAAUAUUCAUAAUAAAUAUAAUAACAAUAUUGA